AUGGGUCCGUGUCCGGGUGUUAUUACGAACGAGAUCAUCCUGGACCCGUACGAGAAUGUUGGUCAGUAUGGGGGCGCUAUAUUUGGAGCAGGACUUCCGGCUCUCUUCUUCCUGGCUUCCUGGGGUUUUAACUGCUGUCGUGUCAUUGAAGAUGACGAAGGCGGAAACGCAGCCGUGGACAGCUGGCCUGGAUUUUGCUACCGGAUUCUCUACACUGGCUACUUCGCUCUCUUCACCGUCUCUUUGCUACUGCAGCUCCUGGCCAGUCUUCUGUCCUUGGCGGGUGAAAACAUCGAGCUGCUCUUUGCCCGCGUGCUUGUGGUAGUGGCCACUGGCUGCCGGCUGUGUAUCGGCGUCGGGGUAGCUGAGAAGCUAUUUCCGAAUCGUCUGUGGAUCUUGGCUUGGAUGUCCAGUGUCGGAUUGACAUUGGGUUUCGCCGCAAUCGUCGUGCAGGUGUCCGAUGCCUUCGGUACGCAGGAUCCCGGGGAGCUUGUCGAGGCGUCGGCCGUCAGCGUCGCCUACCUCUGGAUGAUUUUGGUUUGGACGCUGGCUUCGUGGAAGAACCCGAAGAUCCGGCCCUACUUGAAGAUUAAG